AUGAACAGUUUCAUGCGCAGGCCUACUCAAAUGAUGAUGAGUAUAAGACAAAGAGUGGGUGUACUCUACAGACGUUCUAAAAUGAAUAAUACCAAUGUUGAAUGGCUUCCCUAUUCUCAAUUAAUUGCAUGCAUUUUCUACAGUGUAAUAUUGUGUGUCGGUGUAACAGGUAACGUUUUGGUGAUUGUUGUGGUAAUUCUUCAUCGAGAUAUGAGAAAUGCAACAAAUUUAUUACUAACGAAUUUAUCCCUGGCCGAUUUAUUACUACUCGUGUUUUGCACAGCUGAUGGUUAUCAACAUUUGUAUGCUAAAGAAAAUCAUCGGUUAGGAAAAUUCAUGUGUAAGUAUCGUCUUCUAUUUCAAACAAGUAGUUUUAGUCCGUUUGUACAAAAUGUAACGGGUACAUGUUCGGUUUUAACAAUAAUGGCGAUUAGUUAUGAACGUUAUGUGGCUAUUUGUCAACCAUUGAAGUCUUCAGUGAAACUAACGUUAUUUCGUACAUUUCCCACUGUCUUCUUCUUCUGGUUUAUAUCAUGUCUGUUAUCAGCACCAUUUUUUGUCUAUACAAAUACGUCUCUCGAAAAAGCAAUCUACAAUGAAACAAUCAUUUCAUGUAUGACUGAGUUUCCAAAAUCAUGGUUCAAUUGGUAUUUGGUUCCAUGUACAUUAUGUAUCCCAAUCCUUAUUUUAUCCCUUCUUUGUUAUUGGCAUUUGAAAAUAUGUCGAAUAUUGUUCAAUCCACAAGCUCUUCUUCAAGACAACACUGUAGUUACACGUUAUCGUCGUCAAGUUGCCAUUAUGUUGGUGACACUUACUGUCACUUUCUUUGUUCUUAUCUUACCUCAUAAAAUUUGGGGGAUUAUUCAACCAAAUUUAACUAUGACUCAAUUUUAUUCUAUUGGCUUUCCAAAACAUUCACUCAUCAUUAUUUUUACACGAACACUGUUGUACUUAAAUUCGGCAAUCAAUCCAAUAUUGUAUUCAAUUAUGUCAACAAAAUUUCGACAAAGUUUUGUGUUAUUAUUUGGUUGUGGUGCAAAUAGACCAGUUCUUUUAUGUAAACAAUAUUAUGCUAUGAAACAGCUACCAAAUAAUUCUCACAAACAACGUUCUGCAUCACAAAACAUCACGGCAUUAACAGCAACAGUUCAUAACAUUCACGAGAGUAAAAUACCGUUCAUUGAAAAUAAUCAUCAUCAAAAUGGACAUAUAAAUAUAUAA